CGCGACAAGCUCCCCUGACCCUCCGCACUGAUCCGCUGCCAUAUGACCGGGCUUUCACUCACAGCGGGGCUCAGACACAUGCUGCGGAACAAGUACUAGACCUUGACAGAGAGACAAAGAAAAGAGAGAGAGAGAGGGAGAGAGAGCGAGGGAGAGAGAGAGAGGGAGAGAGAGAGAGGGUGAGAGAGAGAGAGAGAGAGAGAGAGAGAGAGAGAGAGGCCAAAUGAAAGAGAGUUAUCAGCGGCAGAAGGAGAGGGGAGCGCAGACACAGGGGAGGUUUUUUUUAAAUUUUUCCCUUUUUAUGGUUCUCGGAUCAUAAACUCUUGAGGACUUUAUAAACAUGCACCUACUGGGAAUAUCUCUUUUACUGGCAUAUCUUCUCUACAGCAACCUGGCCAGCGACUUCAGCCACAGCGACUACUAUGAUUACUACGAGCAGGAGCAGAUGGACGAGCCGGACUCGUCACCAAAGCUAGACAUGGAGCAGAAGUUGCGUUCAGCCUCCAGUGUGGAUGAACUGAUGAGUCUGAUCUAUCCUUCAUACUGGGCCGCUCUCAAGUGCCGAUCCAAACUCUCUACUGCUGCUGCCUCUUCAGCCUCCAGGCUCUCUGAGCGCCCACUGCUUCGCCGCCUCAGGCCGCUGGAUGAUACAGAAGAGCCAACGUUCGCUGCUGCCUACCUCAACUUGGAUCUCCUGAAAAGUAUAGAGUCGGAGUGGAGGAAGACUCAGUGCAUGCCCAGGGAAGUGUGUGUCGACGUGGGUAGGGAGUUCGGGGCUCCCACCAACAUCUUCUAUAAACCACCCUGUGUGUCCGUCUACAGAUGUGGAGGAUGCUGCCACUCGGAAGACAAACAAUGCAGGAAUAUCUCCACUGGUUACCUCAGCAAAACUCUGUUUGAGAUCACAGUGCCGAUCACCCAAGGCACAAAGCCAGUGACCAUCAGUGUGGCCAACCACACCCAGUGCAGCUGUCUGUCCAAACUGGACGUCUACAAACAAGUUCACAGCAUCAUCAGGAGAUCCCUGUCUGAGUGUCCAAUAGCCAACAGGACAUGUCCUCCUGGUCAGUCUUGGAGCAGCAGGGAGUGUCGGUGUGUCAGCAUGACCGCCCAUGUGCACCACAACCCCCCUCCUCCACCACUGCCCCCUCCACGGCCCUCCCAACAGCGCCUUGACGUAUUCUCAGCAGAUGUGUGUGGCCUAGAUAAGGAACUGGACGUGGAAACCUGUCAGUGUGUGUGUCGGCGCGCAGAUCAAACUCAAGACUGCGGCCCUAACCGACACCUUGACCGCAACACCUGCCAGUGUGUUUGCAACAUCCCAUCUGCUCCCUUCUGCCCACACAACCACGUCUUCAAUAAGGAGACCUGUCAGUGCACAUGUAGCAGGACGUGUCCAAGGCACCAGCCCCUCAACAAAACAAAGUGUUCCUGCGAAUGUAACGAGUCACCCAACAAGUGUUUCCUAAAAGGAAGGAGGUUUCACCAAGCCACAUGCAGUUGUCUCAGGCCUCCCUGCGAGGUAAGGAGGCGAAGGUGUGAACAAGGUUUCUCCUUCAGCGAGGAAGUGUGUCGCUGUGUACCAGCCCACUGGAGAAGACUGGACUAAUCGCCGGCCAACAAGAUGCUAAGGAGCAGAUAACAAACUUAACAAGUACAAUGCAUCACCCAUCCCACUGCUGGUCACGAGUAUCCCCAUCAGCUGUGAAGUGCGCGGACCCUGAUGAAAGUGGGGGAACCUUAGUGACUGGAAUGCAGAUAUGGGAAGCUCCGGUAAUUUGAAGGUGGGACAUGCACUGACUCAGCUUAUGAGGACGUUUUCAUGGGAGAGCGGCUGAUCACAGCCCAGAGAAGGAAGGAAAAACUGAAAGAGAGAGAGUCAACACUCAACACUUGUUUUAAAAUACUGUCUGAAUAUUUUUUUAUAUAUUUGGGGGGUUUUGUAUUAAUUAUGUCUUAGUAUUCCUAUGUCAGAUAUUGAUUAUAUAAUUUAUUAAAUGUUAUUUUUCAACCUCUGUUUUAUUGCAAUUUAAAUCUGUUUCCAUGAAAAUACACUGUGAUCAAUAUUUUUGUAUGUAUAGUAUAUGUGUAAAAUAAAGUAUACUGGAUGGUGUAUAUAAUAAGCUUAGUUUGUCUGUUGUGGUGCAUAUUAUACUGAAGGAAUUUUGCUUUUAACACUAGAACCACCACAGACCAUGCCAUUUAAUGUUGUGAUUAAAAAAAUGGAAUUAUUCUGUCA